UCGAUAUAAACGUAACCUCCGAAUAAUGCACCUGAUGUGGUCGUGUGACUGUGUUGUUUUCUUCAAAUAACGGUCACGUAUUUUACAUUUAAAUAAACUGCAUGGCUGGCUGAGAAUAAAAAUGAAUGAUGCCACUGUUCCUGAACGAUGUGGACAGCCUCCCAUAUUUGUGGCACUGUGACUCUUGUAUGCUGCGCAUGCGCAUAAUAUAGUGAGCUGUUCGGAAGUGCUACCUAGAACGUUGUCACAGUCUUGCAGUCUUAAAACAAUAUUCAUUUGUAACAAGUUGAGCGAGUUUAUUCAAAAAAGAGAAGCUUGACGUAAGUGAGACCCAGAUUCCACACAAAGAAGAAACACUCUUAAUGAGUGAUUGAACUGGGAUUUGUAACAAGGGGGAAGCAGACCAGGGUGCAGUGAUGAGCUUCUUUAGUUUUGGUCAAAGUGCAGAAAUUGAUAUAGUCCUGAAUGACGCUGAAACGAGGAAGAAAGUCGAACACAAGACAGAAGAUGGGAAGAAAGACAAAUAUUUUCUGUUCUACGAUGGUGAGACGGUUUGUGGAAAAGUAAACGUAACCCUGAAGAACCCAGGCAAAAGACUCGAGCACCAGGGCAUCAAAAUCGAAUUUAUUGGACAGAUCGAGCUUUACUACGACAGAGGGAACCACCACGAGUUUGUGUCUCUGGUGAAGGACUUGGCACGGCCUGGUGAGCUCACGCAGUCCCAGACCUUUGACUUUGAGUUCACUCAUGUGGAGAAACCGUACGAGUCUUACACUGGACAGAAUGUGAAGCUGAGAUACUUUCUGCGAGCAACUAUCAGCCGGAGACUGAAUGACGUCAGCAAGGAGAUGGACAUUGUUGUGCACACGCUCAGCACUUACCCUGAACUCAACUCCUCCAUCAAGAUGGAAGUGGGAAUUGAAGACUGCUUGCACAUUGAGUUUGAAUACAACAAGUCCAAGUACCACUUAAAAGACGUAAUUGUGGGGAAGAUAUAUUUUCUGUUGGUGCGGAUUAAGGUCAAACACAUGGAGAUUGACAUCAUCAAACGGGAAACCACGGGUACAGGUCCCAACGUGUAUCACGAAAACGACACCAUCGCAAAGUAUGAGAUCAUGGACGGGGCACCAGUGCGAGGGGAGUCCAUUCCCAUCCGUCUGUUCCUGGCUGGGUAUGAGAUGACCCCCACCAUGCGCGACAUCAAUAAAAAGUUCUCGGUGCGCUACUACCUCAACCUGGUGCUCAUCGACGAGGAGGAGAGGCGCUACUUCAAACAGCAGGAGAUCACGCUCUGGCGGAAAGGGGACAUCGUGAGGAAGAGCAUGUCCCACCAAGCAGUAAUUGCAUCGCAGCGCUUCGAGGGCUCGUCCAGUGCCGAAAAAGCACAAGCCCAGGCCAAGGAGGACAGCAACUGAGUCCUGUCAGAACCAUCCGAGCCAGCCUCUGCAGGAAAGAGACUCUAAGCUACGUAUGUGUAAAGGGUGGUGGGGGGUUGGUGGUGUGGGCAAGGAUUGGUGUGAAUGUGUGUAAGAGGAGCAGUGGGGGCACAGUGCUCCACCCUCCCCGCAAAAAGCCCUUCCAGCCCCAAAACACACUGUCAAACACCGGAAAGGGAAACCUCUCUUUUAAUCACAGCUAUUAAAUAAAGGGAUCAGGGAGC